GGCCUCAGCACCAGUGAGAAGGACUGAGCGUGAGAGGAAGUUAGGGUGUGGUCCACUAACCAACUUCCAUAUUUUCUCUGUUAUAACAGACUGGCAGAUGCUGUGCUCUGUUUGACUCUGAUUGGAUGUGCUACGCAAGAUCAAAAUGAACAGCAAGAUCCUGUUGCGAGGGGCCAUCUUUUUUCUGUUAUUUAUCUUCAGAAGUUAUGCAGCUGAGAACUUGACAGAUACAGAGACCCAGACAACACUGGAAAGCUCCAUAUCUCCGUUUUAUAACACUGAACCCACAAACGUGGGUGAGGAUAAUCUGAAUAUGACAGGGGUGACAAUGAGCCCAGAUGCAGACCAUUUUAACCCCACAGCAACUGCAGCAAACACUGAAGCCUCUACAGACUCCCCUGUGACCUACUCUGCGACCUCCAAAAAGACGUCUGCCGCACACCCGACCCCUAACACCAACACCUCCAGAACCGCCAGAGUUGUAGAGUGGGAUAAAAGAUGGGACGAGCCGUUUCAUUACAAUUACUCCAGUCUAAGUCAUGCAGGGUUAACCAUUGCCGCAGUUCUCUUUGUGAUGGGAAUCAUGGUGCUUGGUUGUGGCAAAGUGAAACGAAUUCCACUGUGUCGUAUUGGCAAAGGAAGUUCAUACGAGGUGACCAGAAGUUAACACUUUCCCCGGCAUUGAUCAGCUGGCUCUGCAAUAAACAGAAGAACAUCAGCAGAAAACCCAGUCAGUCCUGUUUCCACAGCGGUUACAGACUUGCAUUCCCCCUUGUGAGAACAACAUCAUAAGGACAAGAUGGAGAGGUUGUGUGUGUGUGAGCGUGUUCAUUAUUUCAAACUGAUCUCCGGGUUUGUCACAGAGGCGCCGGGGAAUAAGAUGUGUGCUAUCGUGCAGCACUAAACGCCAGCAGUAACACAACGGCUGGGACUUUGGCAGAUCCCAACGUAAUCACGCAUCGCAGACACAAAAUCCCUUCAUCCCUAUGCUCUCCUGCACCAAACUGCUCGGUUUAAGCAUCACACUUUGUACAAUAUAGACCUGUACUUGUGUUUUAUUAUUAUUAUACUGUGCAUCCUCAGAUGUGUCAAUCUUUUGGAAACACAGAGAAACGUUGUGUAGCUCACAAGCGCCCUCAAGAGGCCUUCAGACGCAUUUAUUAUGAGAUCUCCCAAGAGGAGAGAAUAAAAGAGUUUGACUGAG